AUCACCUCUUCUCUCUUUGUUUCUAAUCUCCCCCUUUGCCCCUUCAUCUCUCUCAGAUAACCUCUCCCAGCGGCGUCUGCCCGCGAAUCGAAGCCGAUCUUUUUCCUAUUCAGUCGACACGCCACCGUAACCCGAUACCGAUACGCCUCCUCUCUCUCAUCGACCCCUUCGAUUCCCUCUUUAAACCAUUAAAACUCUCAAAACAAAAAUCAUCGAAACGAAAUUAAAAACUAAUUUUUUGAAAGAUUUCCCAUUUCCCUCGCGAUCUUAGUGAUUUAACCCUCUGCCGCCGGCGCACGUUUGCUAACUUGCGCCGCCCUGCUGUUUGCGUUUGAAUUGGAGGUACGAUCUCGAUUCUGGAGCGAUCGCUUCUACUGAGCUUGAGCUUGAUCCUUUGAAGAUUACAUGACAUUGGACGAUGGCAUUCUUUAAGAACUUUGGGAAUGCAAUGGAUUCGGAAUAUGACUUGAAUGAGAAAGGAGGGGAUAACGAUGCUGAGGGCGACUAUAUUUCAACAGAGGACAACAGACAAAUGGACUUGAAUUUUGCGGAGAAUGGUGUUGAAAUGAAAGAGGAAGAUCAAUACCAGAGUGAGUUGGAGCCGUUGGAUGCUGGAGUGCAGCAGAAUGAUAUAUCCAGUGACAAUGGUAGACAAGGAAAGAGAACGGGCCCAUCUGGUACUUGGGGUUCAAAUUUUUGGAAGGAUUGUCAACCAAUGUGGGGGCCUAAAGACGAGGAAGUUGAUGGUACAAAGGAUGAAGAGGUGAUUACAGUUAAUUCCGAUGAUCAUUCUGAUGGGCAGAAGGAUAGCGAGCAGUUUCAGAGAGGGCAGGUUGACGUACCUGCAGAUGAGAUGCUGUCCGAUGAUUAUUAUGAGCAGGAUGGUGAAGAGCAGAGUGAUUCGAUACAUGGUCGAGGACUGAGCCUUCCUAGUAUCUCAGGCGCAAGAUUGCCACCCAGACCAGUACUUCUUACUAAGAAUGCAGCCAAGAAAUCAAAGGGUGCCAAGUAUGAUGAAUAUGAUGAUGAUGACGAAUAUGAGGAAAGUGACGAUGAAGAAGAAGAUGACCCAGACGAUGCUGAUUUUGAGCCAGACUUUGGUGAAACAGGCAAGAGCUCUAAGAAUAAGGCUAAAAUGUCAGAGAGUGAUGAUUUUGAUGAUGAAAAUGAUGAAGAAGAAGAUGAUGACCUUGAUCUCUCAGAUGAAGAAGGUAUUGAGUAUGGUGGUAAUCCACGACAAAGAAAGUCGCAAAAAGCUGGACGUAGACCAAAGUCAACAAAAGAUAGCAAGUCUUCUGUUCGUAGUCAACGAAAAAGAGGGAGAGCAUUUUCAGACGAGGAGGAAUCAUCUGAAAAGGACUCUGAACAGGACAGCGAUGAAGACUUCAGCCAGAAAUCCAGAAAAGCAUGGCAGUUACGUAAGAAGAGUGGCGGCCAAUCAGCAGGUUCUGUGAAUAUCAAUUCACAGAGUAGUGAGCUCCGUACAUCCGGUAGGGCCGUGAGGAAGGUAUCUUAUGUUGAAAGCGAAGAAAGUGAAAAAGAAGAUGAAGAGAGAACAACCAAGUCCCAGAAGCUUCUUCAAGAUGAUGCUGAUGAAGAGGACGCUGAUUCAAUCGAGAGGGUACUCUGGCACCAGCCAAAGGGCAUGGCUGAAGAUGCUAUAAGAAACAACAGAUCAGCGCAACCCAGUGUCUUAAGCACCAUGUCAGACUCUGAACCUGAAUGGGAUAAAGUUGAAUUCUAUAUAAAAUGGAAAGGCCAGUCAUAUUUACAUUGUCAAUGGAAACCAUUCUCUGAUCUCCAAAAUGUUACUGGCUUCAAGAAGGUUCUGAACUACAUAAAAAGAGCAAGCGAAGAGAGGAAAUACAAGGUUGCCUUGUCACGCGAGGAGGUUGAGGUUCAUGAUGUCAGCAAAGAAAUGGAGUUAGAUCUCCUCAAGCAAUACAGUCAGGUUGAAAGAAUAUUUGCGGACAGGAUCAGCAAAACUAGCGGCGAUGAUGUAAUACCAGAGUAUUUAGUUAAGUGGCAAGGUCUCUCAUAUGCUGAAGCAACCUGGGAAAAGGAUACAGAUAUUGCAUUUGCACAGGAUGCCAUAGAUGAAUACAAGGCUCGUGAAGAAGCCAUGACUGUGCAAGGAAAGAUGGUUGAUUUUCAAAGGAAGAAAAGCAAAGCUAGCCUGCGAAAGCUUGAUGAACAACCUGCAUGGUUGAAAGGCGGUAAACUUCGUGAUUAUCAGCUUGAGGGCUUGAAUUUUCUUGUUAACAGUUGGAGGAAUGAUACAAAUGUCAUUCUGGCUGAUGAAAUGGGUCUAGGUAAAACUGUUCAGUCAGUUUCCAUGUUAGGUUUCUUGCAGAAUUCUCAACAAAUUCAUGGGCCUUUCCUUGUUGUUGUACCUCUUUCAACCUUGUCAAAUUGGGCAAAAGAAUUCAGGAAAUGGCUCCCUGAAAUGAAUAUAGUCGUGUAUGUUGGCAAUCGUGCCAGUAGAGAGGUGUGUCAACAGUACGAGUUUUACACGAACAAGAGUACUGGAAGAUUGAUAAAAUUCAAUGCAUUGUUAACUACAUAUGAAGUCAUACUGAAGGACAAAGCUAUCCUCUCUAAGAUUAAAUGGAAUUAUCUCAUGGUUGAUGAGGCCCACAGACUGAAGAACAGUGAAGCAUCUUUGUAUAUUGCUCUCUCGGAAUUUAACACAAAAAAUAAGCUUCUUAUUACCGGUACUCCAUUGCAGAAUAGCGUCGAAGAGCUAUGGGCCCUUCUUCACUUCCUUGACCCUGUCAAGUUCAAUAGUAAGGAUGUUUUUGUUGAGAACUAUAAGAACCUUAGUUCUUUCAACGAAAUUGAGCUGGCUAAUCUUCAUAAGGAGCUGAGGCCACACAUUCUCAGAAGAGUUAUCAAGGAUGUGGAGAAGUCCUUGCCUCCAAAAAUUGAGCGCAUACUUAGGGUGGAAAUGACUCCUCUUCAGAAACAGUAUUACAAGUGGAUUUUGGAGAGGAAUUUUCACAACCUGAAUAAAGGAGUUCGUGGAAAUCAGGUUUCACUCUUGAACAUUGUUGUUGAGUUGAAGAAAUGCUGCAAUCAUCCAUUUUUAUUUGAAAGCGCGGAUCAUGGUUAUGGUGGAGAUACCAGCACUAGUGACAGCAGUAAAGUCGAGCGCAUAGUUUUGAGUAGUGGGAAGCUUGUAAUACUUGAUAAACUAUUGAUAAGGUUGCGGCAGACCAAUCAUCGAGUGUUAAUAUUCUCUCAGAUGGUGCGGAUGUUGGAUAUUCUAGCAGAGUAUUUAUCACUUAGAGGAUUCCAGUUUCAGAGAUUGGAUGGCAGUACAAGGGCUGAUCUUCGUCACCAGGCAAUGGAGCAUUUUAAUGCACCAGGAAGUGAUGAUUUUUGCUUCCUCCUUUCCACACGUGCAGGUGGACUAGGAAUUAACCUUGCUACUGCAGAUACUGUCAUAAUUUUCGACUCAGAUUGGAAUCCACAGAAUGAUUUGCAGGCGAUGAGUAGAGCUCACAGGAUUGGACAACAAGAUGUUGUAAACAUCUAUCGGUUUGUCACUAGUAAAAGUGUUGAGGAGGAUAUAUUAGAGCGUGCAAAGAAAAAAAUGGUUCUAGAUCACCUGGUGAUUCAGAAACUAAAUGCAGAGGGAAGACUGGAAAAGAAAGAAUCGAAAAAGGGUACUUCUAUGUUUGACAAGAAUGAGCUUUCUGCAAUACUGAAAUUUGGAGCAGAGGAGUUGUUCAAGGAGGACAAGAAUGAUGAAGAGAGCAAAAAGAGACUUGAAAGCAUGGAUAUAGAUGAAAUUCUUGAGAGAGCUGAGAAAAUUGAAUCCAAAGAGGCGGAUGAGGAGCCUGGAAGUGAACUGCUUAGUGCUUUCAAGGUUGCAAAUUUUGGCAGUGCUGAAGAUGAUGGAACAUUCUGGAGUCGAUUGAUACAGACAGAAGCUAUAGAUCAAGCUAAUGAAGCACUCGCUCCUCGUGCUGCAAGGAAUACUAAAAGUUAUGCCGAAACUAGCCAGCCUGAGACGAGUAAUAAACGUAAAAGAAGGGGUCUAGAUGCACCAGAGAGAGCUCAAAGGCGCUCAGGCAAAGGUUCUGAUUCUGGGGCCCACUCGUUGCCCAUGAUUGAGGGGGCAUUUGCUCAAGUUAGGGGCUGGUCCUUUGGAAAUUUAACAAAGAAAGAUGCUUCUCAUUUUGUUCGAGCAGUCAAGAGGUUUGGGAACCAGAGCCAGAUUAGUUUAAUAGUGGCUGAGGUUGGUGGUGUAAUUGAAACUGCUCCUCAUGAAGCGCAAACUGAGCUAUUUGAUAUGUUGAUUGAUGGCUGUCGAGAAGCAGUUAGAGAGGGAAAUAUGGAUUUCAAGGGAACUCUGUUGGAUUUCUUUGGAGUACCUGUAAAAGCAUAUGAAAUCCUAAAUCGUGUAGAAGAGCUUCAAAUGUUAGCAAAACGCAUUAAACGCUACGAAGAUCCUGUUUCCCAGUUUAGAUUGACCACUCAACAUAAGAGUCCACAGUGGUCUAAGAGUUGUGGCUGGAAUCAAGUUGACGAUGCGAGGUUGCUUCUGGGAAUACAUUAUCAUGGAUUUGGAAAUUGGGAAAAGAUAAGAUUGGACCCUAGGCUUGGUCUUGCAAGGAAGAUUGCCCCUGUGACUCUUGGGGAUCGGGAGACAUUCUUGCCUCGUGCUCCAAACUUAGAUAAUCGUGCUAGUGCUUUGUUGCAGAAGGAGUUUGCAAAUGUCAAUGGCAAACUCACGAAAGGUAAAGGAUCUCGUAAAAAUGUGAAUGUUGAAGCAGAAAAAUUGGCAGUAUCAAACGGUCGAUCAAAAGAUGUGAAAUUGAAUUCUCGGAUAAAGAAAGAGUCCCUUCAGAAACAUCAGUGUGUGGAGCCUCGUGUCAAAGAGGAAGGUGAAAUAUCCGAAUCCGAGCAAGAAAACUAUGAGCAAUACAAGGAAGAAAAGUGGAUGGAAUGGUGUGCAGAUGUCAUGGAGGAGGAACAGAUGACACUGACACGACUAGAAAGGUUGCAAACUACCAGUUUAGAGCUUCCGAAAGAAAAGGUACUUGCUAGAAUUCGUAAAUAUCUGCAGCAACUUGGGAAAAAGAUAGAUGACAUAGUUCAACAACAUGAGGCAUCAUGCAAUCAAUUUAAACAGUCCAGAAUGACAAUGAGAUUAUGGAAUUACGUGUCAACAUUUUCUAAUUUGACGGGGGAAAGGCUUUAUGAGAUAUAUUCAAAACUCAGAGAGGAAAAAGGUGGAGGUGGAGUUGGUCCUUCCCAUUUUAAUAGUUCUGGCCCAGGUGAAAAAGGUGGAGGUGGAGUUGGUCCUUCCCAUUUUAAUAGUUCUGGCCCAGAAGCAUGGAAACGCCGAAGAAGACAAGGUACAGGUAACCAAUUCCAGAAGCAUCUGCCUUAUCCACAGGCACCAGUUGGCAACGGGACCCGGUUGCCUGAACCAGACAACUCAGCAGGGAUCCUCGGUUGGGGCCCACCUGAACUUAGACGAUUUGGGAAUGAUAGGCCAAAGAUAUCAAAUCCUGGUCGGUUCCCUCCUAGAUAGGGUCAAGCACUGGUCUUAGCUCAGAUAGUUAUCCUUGUACCAAAAACUGCGAGAUUGAUGCAUUCACAAAUUGAAUGCUACAUCACCAAUUUCACGAGUUAAAAAAAAUUCUUUUCUCGAGGAAAAUAAAGUUUUGAUGAUCCCUUUUUUUGGAUCUGCUUAACGAAAUUGUGGCUACAGAAGAGUGACUUGUGUGGUGGAACUCUCGCGACUUAACGAUCAUCAACCAUUCAAACUUGUAAGCAUCUGGAAGAGGCUGACAUUGCAGUGAGUGCAAAAAUUUUGGCGGGGAAUUAGUGUGCAUAAACUAGCUGAGAGAAUUAUACUGUUGGAGAUAUCCAAGAAAGCUUCCUUUACUUUGCAAAUUGUAUCCAUACGGUUGCUAAUUGUACGCAUAACGGAAUAGUUGAACAGUUAUAUAACAUUAUUCUUUUUGUA